GGCUUGAACCCGUGACCUCCUGGUCACAUGACAACAAUUUUACCAGUUACGCCAAAGCUCCCCUUCAGUGAAAUAUUUACUAAAAGGGCUAAAAAAGAAGAAGAUAAAAUUUUACCUGGUUCCUUUUUCUUUUUGUAUCAUCAUUAUGAGCUAUGUCAUCUUCUAGUUACACAAAUUUCAUGUAGGUGCAAGAUGGUGUACAGGUCAUAAAGAAUAAACAGGAUAUAAUGAAUACUCAACUACAGCUUGCAAGAUUUCAAGUUCCAAAGCUUGAGCAGGAAGUAGACACCCACAAUACUACACACGUGGACUCAGCACAACCUAUGUCAUCUGCUCCUGUUCUGUCUCACCAACAAUUUCCCCCUGUUAUUGCGCUUGCUCAACCGCCUUUCGCUCUUCCUCCACCUAAUGCUCCUCCACCCCCUCCGCAACAGAAUUCACUAUCUCAAACUCAGCUUCAGAACCAGUUGGCCCAGAACCCAAUUCCUUCCGGCACUCAAAAAGAAACUUAUCUCCCACCGAUUAGUCAAGCACCAGGAAACUCUAGUCAGCAGUACCAGCUGCCGGCACCGCAGCAGCCACAGACCUCUAUCCCACCACCUCCACAUCAAGGGUAUCAGCCUUCGCCUUCACCGCUGUACUCGCAGCCAUCUCCACCUCUUCAAGGGCAUCUGCCUUAUACAUCUGUUAAUCGCUCACAACCUCAACCUCCAUUGAGCCGUCAUCCUGAGGAGAGACAUCAUAUAGCAUCGCAGAAUUAUUCAUUACCAAAUACCAGUCAACCUCCCUCUAAUCCAUCAAGUGGAGCCCCUGCGUCCCUGCAGUUUUACGCAGCUUACUCUAAUAUGUUUGAGCCCCCAUCUGGCAGACAGGUUUCUGGAUUUUCUGGUGCUCAUGGUUCAUCCACUGGCCCGGGUGAAUCUUAUCCUUAUAGCGGUUCCCCUGUCCAGUAUGGCAGUGACUCCCCUUUUAAAUCGCAGCAACUUGCUUCGACCGCAAUGGGCCAGAGUGGUGGAAGUGGUUAUCCACACCUCCCCACAGCAAGAAUAUUACCUCAAGCACUACCUACCACUUCUGCAGUUGGUAGUGGGUCUAGUUCUCCUCGUACUGGAACUAGAGUUCCUAUUGAUGAUGUAGUUGAUAAAGUGACAAAUAUGGGAUUUUCAAGAGACCAAGUAAGAGCAACAGUGCGGAGAUUGACAGAGAAUGGACAGUCAGUUGAUUUGAAUGUGGUAUUGGACAAGUUGAUGAAUAAUGGGGAAAGCCAGCCGCCACAAGGCUGGAAUGGUAGAUAAUAUGUUUUCCUCUAAUUCAUGUUUCUGUACAGAAGUAGUUUGAGUUACAUAGAUCAGAUUUGGAAAUAAAGAAAAUCAUACCAAAUUUUGAUAAAAGAAAAUAUUUGUUUGGAUUUAAGCGGCUCUGUUUACUUGUGUCAUAAAACUUCAUUCUUGUGCUUACACAGUUUUUGUUGUUCAUUAAUGUGACAUCUCGGUUCCCUUUGUGCA